GCCAUGGAGAAACGACAUUUGCCAACGUCCUUUUGGCUACCCUUGCCGUGCCGGGUAGCCGGUCCUCGGAGACCGGAGGAGUGCCUCUUGGGGGAUUCCGCGUCCGCUUCGCGUCAUCCAAACUCCGAGCUGAAUGAAAAAAAUCUCUGACGAUGAAGGGGAUGUCGUGGCCAUGAAGCAAUCAUAAAGAGAAACUGUCUCCUCGACCCGUUGAUCUUGCGGCAACUAAACUGAAUCCUCCUCGACGAAGACUCAGAGACGCGGAUUGGUAACUACGGCAAACGGCGCUCUCCGAAACGACGAUCGUCGACAACUCCUACGCUGGGAGCUCUUCUUCAUUCUUUGCAACCCCUCAUCAACUACACAGUCCCUGAAGACCAACAACUAUGGCUUCCUCGACAGAGAGGAGAACUAGCUCGGACAGCACGCUCGACAUCGAGCGAGAUGCUGCCGUCUCCGCCCCUGCCGUAGAGUCCAUCUCCGAGGCCACCGCAGAAGACCCGGCCUCCUCUCCGCCCGCUACGACUCCGCCUCCGGGCUCCAAGCCGGGAGACCCCGAGGCCGGACGGACCCCCCUUCAGACGUUCCUCAUCAUGUUCGCCCUGUGCACGGCGCUCUUCCUCGCGGCGCUGGACAUGACCAUCAUCACCACCGCCAUCCCGACCAUCGCCAACGAGUUCAAGUCGAGUGUUGGCUACAUCUGGAUCGGCAGCGCCUACCUGCUCGGCAACGCUGCCUUCGUCCCGACCUGGGGCAAGGUCUCGGACAUCUUCGGCCGCAAGCCCGUCAUCCUCGCCGCCGCCGUCAUCUUCUGGAUCGGCUCACUGCUGUGCGCUCUCAGCAAGAGCAUGGGCAUGCUCAUUGCCGCCCGUGCCAUCCAGGGCCUUGGAGGUGGCGGCCUCAUUGUACUCCCCAACAUCGCCAUCAGCGACCUCUUCUCCAUGCGGAACCGUGGCAUGUACUUUGGCAUCCUCGGCAUGGUUUGGGCACUGGCCUCGGCGGUUGGACCCGUCUUGGGAGGUGUCUUUACGACCAAGGCGACCUGGCGAUGGUGCUUCUACAUCAACUUACCCAUCUCUGCCAUCGCCUUUGUGAUUCUCAUCUUUGUCCUGAAGCUGCACAACCCAAAGACCCCCGUCAAGGAGGGCCUCCUUGCCAUUGACUGGUUUGGCAGCCUCCUCAUCAUCGGCGGCACCGUCAUGUGGCUUCUGGGCCUCGAAUUCGGCGGUGUCACUUUCCCCUGGAAGUCGGCAACCACCAUCUGCCUCCUGGUCUUUGGCCUCCUGACCGUUGGCCUCUUCGGCAUUUACGAGUCCAAGUUUGCCAAGUACCCUAUCAUCCCCAUCCGUCUAUUCCACAACCGAAACAGCGUCGCCGCCUUUGGACUCUCCUUUGCUCAUGCUUUUACAUUCAUGUCAGGCAGCUAUUGGCUUCCGCUCUACUUCCAAGGUGUCCUCGGCGCCUCGUCACUACUUUCAGGUGUCUACUUGUUGCCGUUUGUACUGGCGCUGUCAUUCGUGUCGGCGGGGUGCGGUAUCUUCAUCAAGAAGACCGGCAUGUACAAGCUCGUUAUUGUGGGGGGCUUGCUCAUCACUGUCUUGGGCUUUGGUCUGUUCAUUGACCUAGAGUCUCGGGCGAACUGGCCCAAGAUUAUCAUCUUCCAGAUCAUCGCGGGUAUUGGAAUUGGUCCCAAUUUCCAGGCGCCCCUGAUUGCGCUCCAGACCAAUGUCGAGCCUAGAGACAUCGGCUCUGCGACGUCGAGCUUCUCCUUCAUCCGACAGAUGGGCACUUCCAUCUCUGUCGUCAUCGGCGGCGUCAUUUUCAACAACGAGAUGGAAAAGCAAUACUCCAAACUGGAGCGGGAGCUGGGCCCUGAGCUAGCCAAGUCUCUAUCGGGCUCCAACGCGGCCAGCAACGUAGAGCUGGUGGGUAGCUUGACGGGCCAUGAUGGUCGAGUAGCCAAGGCGGCAUACUGGAAGAGUCUUCAGACGAUGUACAUUGUCUACACAUGUUUCGCGGCACUGGGUUUGGUGAUUAGCAUGUUCAUCCGCCAGGUGAACCUUAGCAAGGAUCACCAGGAACACCAAACCGGCUUGAAGUCACUCAAGGGCAGAAAGGAUGAUGAGCCUGUGAAUGAGGAGCCUGUGAAUGAGAAGCCUGCGGAGAAGCCUGCGGAGAAGACUGCAGAGGAGAAAGAGACUGGAAACUGAUUCAACAAUCAGUAUUAUGUGUUAUUGCAAGAUACCCGCAGCCAUGGAGGAUUGGAUUUUGUUGCUUUAUAUUCCCCACUAUUAUUGUAUUACUGUAAUUAGGAUCAUGACUGUAGGCGACUAAAAAUCGAUUCAACACAAGGUUUUUUCUUCUUCUAGAAAAUGCAAAAUUUGGGCUAAGCCUAUCGCGCUGCGCUCUGUAGUUAUAUCUUGCUUAACACAAUGCUGGACAAUUAUAGCAAUGUU